AUGGAAAGCGGUUCUUCUUCCCGGCUCUCAGCCAAGACGUUAACAGAGCUGAAUGAACAGGUCACCAGGAUACUCAAGUCCUGCGAGGGACAAUGGCUGGAGCUCCAUUUAUUUAAACAGGUUUACAAGAAAACUUUUGGGAAGAACUUUGACGCACACUACAGGCAGCUGAAAUCAAAAAAGCUUAAAGAUGUCAUGAAAUGCCUAGAUUCUGUUACUGUACUGGAACAAUCAGAUAUAAUUAAGAUAAUACUGAAAGAUAAGGUGGAGGAUAGCUCGAUGUCACCAGGACAUGUAACUUCAGUUUCACGUACAGAUAUUGCAGAAGAAAGUAUUUCAUCGGUUUCCACAACUCAUAGCCCUCCCCUGUCUCCUUUUCCCUCAGCAUCAUUUCAAGGUCAGUACAGUACUGAACUAUGUUAAUUCAUGCAUACUUAUCUAAAGUUAUGUUAAACCCUGUGGCUAUAUACCAGGCAGCCAGGAUCUUAAAAAUACUGAAGCCUCUAUCAGUGACAGAUCCAAGGGAGAGGCUUGGGGGGCCUGUCCCCCCCCACCCCUUUAUUUUGACCAAACUGAUUUUUUUGGAGACCGGGCAGCCCUCUUUUCUAAGGGUCUGGGUGACCUUCCCCCCUUAUCUCAAGGUCUGGAUCCGGCACUGCAUCUAGCCAAAGCGCAUUUUAAAUGCUUUAAGAUGAUGAUUUGUCUCUUGUUGCCUUUAAUCAUACACUACAGCAGGCCAGCACAAAAUCAACUGAGCUGCUACUAAGCUAAACAGCAACACUAGGAGGGAAAUGCAGUUCAUUUUACUUGAAUGGGCGAUUCCAGAAAAUAUCCAUACCAUACCACGGACGGCUUCCAUGUUUUAAACCCCCCUUGCCUUCGGAAAUUCCAAAAUGCGUUACCCCCCCAUGCCCUCAGAAUUCCAUAAUCGUGAACCCCCCCUCCCCUUCAGAAUUUCCGUUUUUUUUGGGAAGUACAUUUUCGACUUAGCAACGCCUAUAUGAACAAACGAACAUGAAUCUAUGCCUCCUCAGGGCUGUGAUCUAGCGGCGCUAGGCGACAAGCUUUACUCUUCAGCGACAAGAAAAACCUACCGCUAGUGACCAGGCUGUGAAAACUUCUUUUUAAGUCCGAAUUUGGCUAUAAUAAUAAACACCAUUUACGGCAGUUUUACUCCUCUUUAUUUUCUUGUGCUGUUUUGACGUUUACAAAGCAGAAUAGCUCAAAUUCAGACAGUUAAAAUCUUUCAGCGGUCAAAUAUACCGUCGAGUCUUGUUGCGUCCUUUUAUACGUCAUGUAGUGUUCACGAAAAGUGUUCUCAACCCAUAUGUCUCAUGUAGUGUACAUGAAAUGUAUCAUGAUAAAAGAUUAGGUCGAGUAUAAGGAAAAUCAUGAGACUUGUUUAUUUUGGGGGCAAUUAAGGGAUUUCUUACAUUUUUCGCGGACAUUCCCUUCUCUAAACCCUUCAAAUUAUUCCUUCACAAUGUUUAGCCCACAAACAACAGACCUCGUUCUCCCGAGUCUUCCUCCGAUUGCCCUCCGACGGUCCGAAUGCUUCCAGGCGUUCCUUGGAAGCGAGGGACUGGUGCGAGUUUUUUAUCGUUCAUCGGACGGGAGUAACAAGAAAUUUGCAAGCGGUAAGAUUUAUUCAUGUGACAAGAAAUUCAUCAAGGUAAAUGUGAAACCCACGUUUUACUGUUCACUUGUAUAAGUUAUGAGCGUAAACACGUGUCUGAUCUAUCGAUCCUUGUCUUCUGCUUCCGCGGUCAUACGUUCGUGGAUUAUUUACGAACUACAAAAGUCCACAACAAUACCGUUUUCAAGGAACUCACUCUACACUUUCUACUCCAGAAAUCCCACCUGUGGAAUUCACCAGUACUUUCGGAUAUCCAAUCGUAAAUACCACCCCCCCAUGCCCUCAGAAUUCCAUAAUCGUGAACCCCCCCUCCCCUUCGGAAAUCCUAGAAGCCGUCCGUGGUAUGGUAUGGAUAUUUUCUGGAAUCGCCCAAUACUGAAAUUAAUGAGUGCUUCUGAGAUUGAUUCUAUUAUUGUUUCUUGAGGAAUACAAGUCAUGGAACCCAUCACUUCCUUCUCUAUCUCCUUGGACUCCUCUAAAAAAAGGUUACUGAAAACGAACACUGGUUGCAAUUUCAUUAACUGUUGCUCCUACUGUACAUUGUUCACCCAUACAAUGGAAGUCAUUUCUUCUAGCUAUAGUCACCAAUCCUUGCAAAUGAUGAUCAAGGGGCUGUGUCAUGGAAGUCCAGUUCAUUUUGUUUAAUUUUGCCAAUUACUCCCCCCCAAUCGCUAUGGAACUUAAGGUGACUCGACCCAGUUUUUUCGGGGGGGUACCAUCCUACUUUGAAGCUCUCUGGUAUCCCCACCUUUACUUUUAUCGUAAGUCUAACACAUAGAAUGGAUAACAUAUAGAUCAAUCUACAAUAUAACAUAAAAUUUUUGGCGAUCGGAGUAAACGUCACGUGGUUAUAAUGCCACGCCCCUUUGAGGUCUGAGUCGAAAAUCUGCUGUUACCGGCAUUUUUCGUGAAAAUCUCUCUGCUACACAUAGUGAGCAUUAGUGCGUUGCGCUGAACAGAGUUUCACCAAAAUCGCAAAGACCCAAUUCGAGAAAUUCAACGGUUUCCAAAUUUAGGUCAUAAUUUCUGCGAAAAUGGUAAGCAAACUUUACACGGAUUAUAUCUUAUAAACUAUGAGACUCAUCUCUUUAUUUUGGGCAUCCUUUUAACAGAUGGGUCCUUGCAAGUCAGCAAAACGCUUUAGGGCCUUGUAAAUGCGCGCGAUUUCGAGCAAAGCAAACAUAUAGAAAUUAUAGUUUUCGCUAUUUGUUGACGUUUGUCAGCGUUUAAGAGUCCUUCUCACGAAAAAAGCAUUUUCUUAAAAAUUCGUAGUUUUUUUUCCUUCAAAUUUUUUCAGGGCCACAAUUGAUUAACUAACUACCCGGACGCUGAAUUUCAUGGUCAUUGAAAAACUGUGACAUUAUCUUCUAUAAGCCCAAACUUGAGUAAACAUUGAAGAUUUUUAGCGUUUUGGCUGAGUUUGUGCUUUGGGAGUUGUCUAUUGUUUCUAGUCUGUCAUGAUACAGCAUUCUUGUUCAGCACGCGUGCAAUGACCGCGCUUGGCUGACUUCCGAAUGCUCACUGAGAUAUAAUAAUUUUGGUACUGUGAGACAGGCCAUCGCAUGAUACAUAGAGGUUUAACUCACAAUUUUUAAUCAAUUGUCGUACUUCUUGUGCCUUUGCAAAAAAAUCAAGAAGUGCUACAUGCACUAAAUCUACUUACUAUUAAAAAAAUAUCAUUUUUUCAUAGGUUUAAUGCAAGCCAAUAAUUAAACCAACUCGUGACGGGAGUAUCUCAGUGAGCAUUCGGAAGUCAGUCAAGCGCGGUCAUUGCAUGCGUGCUGAACAAGAAUGCUGUAUAGGCCCUAAAGAGUUUUGCUGACUUGCAAGGACCCAUCUGUUAUAAGGAUGCCCAAAAUAAAGAGAUGAGUCUCAUAGUUUAUAAGAUAUAAUCCGUGUAAAGUUUGCUUACCAUUUUUGCAUAAAUUAUGACCUAAAUUUGGAAACCGCUGAAUUUCUCGAAUUGGGUCUUUGCGAUUUUGGUGAAACUCUGUUCAGCGCGAGGCACUAAUGCGCACUCUGUGUAGCAGAGAGAUUUUCAAGAAAAAAUGCCGGUAACAGCAGAUUUUCGACUCAGACCUCAAAGGGGCGUGGCAUUAUAACCACGUGACAUUUACUCCGAUUGCCAAAAAUUUUAUGUUAUAUUGUAGAUUGAUCUAUAUGUUAUCCAUUCCAUGUGUUAGACUUACGAUAAAAGUAAAGGUGGGGAUACCAGAGAGCUUCAAAGUAGGAUGGUACCCCCCCAAAAAAACUGGGUUGAGUCACCUUAAAGUAAGCAAAGAAAUUACAGGUAAAUGACAAAAUCAGAGAUCCGAGACAAACAAAUAAUAUGUCUCCUGAGCAUUAUUUUUGAAGUUGCAAGUGGCAGGGAUCAACUUUGAAAAACUGUUAGACUGAACAGUUUUCAAAAACCCUAUAAUUUCAAUUGAUUUCAAUCUUCUUCAGUUUUGCCCAUCCAUGCCAUCAUUUGUUUCUGUUAUGUUAUUUUAACCUUCCUUUAAAGUUUUAAGCAGAUAUUUUUAUGUUUCUCUUGAUUUAAGAGGCAUUUUGUAAUUUCCUAAUUUGGCUGAAUUUAGUGACACAGCUCCUUUAAUAAUUGGAAAGUAAGAUGUCUGUUUUUUGUCUUUUUUCUUAAGAGCCUUACCUGCCGUUAUUUUUACAUUACUGUUACUUCAUGCUGUUUGUAAUUAUUUUAGGUAGUGGAUGUGGAGAUAUGCAUGUAACAUCACCAAAAGCGACAAGAAUACCUGUAAGUGAAAUUGGGAAGACAGAUCCUUUUGAAACAGAAAAGUACUCAAAUGAAGGUCUAUCACUGCCUCUUGUUGGGUAUGAAAGAUUACUGAAUGAGAUGAGUGCAGCAAACACAGGAACACCAGUUACCUCUUCUCCACAUCUCAGUGCUGAAGCAGCAGUUGGCAAAACAUCAGUUCACAAUACCAGUACAGCAACUGGUUUGCUCUCAGACAAAGAGUUGACAGAGAUAAAGGAAAAUGCCACCAGGAUACUGGAGUCCUGUGAUGGAAAAUGUCUUGAGCUUCAGCGGUUUAAAAAAGUAUAUAGGGACACUUUUGGUAAGAGAUUUUUGACACCAAAAAAGCUGGAGAAGGUCAAGUCAGCAUUAGAUGAUGUGAUUUUGCUAGAACAAGUUGGAAAGAAAAUGAACAUAAAACUGAGAAAUCAGGCAGAGAAGAGGUCAGAUUCAGCAGAGUCUUCACAGAGUGUGUCAGAUAACUUAAAUGAGUCUGCCGCAGCUGUUGAAAAUGAGCCAUCCUUAGGAGACACUACAUCGGUUUUAACGCCACAGAAACCUGCACUGUCACCUAUUUCUGCUGCUGCAUGUAAAGUGUCAAAUCUGCUUCCAUUGCCACUGUUGCCACUGCCAACUCAACUGAAUGGUAAACUGCAAAAUGAUACUAGGUUUAAUAAUACACUUAAUAUUUGACUUUAACUGGAGCCACUUUGUAAGUUGACAAGUUUCAAGUCUCUGUUGUUGCUCAAAGUGAAAUUUAGGCUGAAAUGAUUUAAUUCCACCUAGCCUUACUUUGAAUUCAUUCUCAAUUUCCUUUGAUUCCUAACUUUUCCUAGUUAUUCUUGAUCACGAAUAAUAAGGACCAAGAGAUUAAUUUUGAACUGAGGAUAAUAAAGGUGCUAUAUCUAAAUAGAGGAAAUGCCCAGCAUUAACAAAAUUAAUUUACAUUAGGUCUAGAAUGUUCAAAAGGUCAAAAUUCAAGUUCAUGUAUUUUAUUUUUGAUAUGGAUAUGAAAGUGUUUGAGUAUGCAUGGUAUUUGUUUUAUGUUGGAACCACUCUAAAAGAAAUUUAAUUUCACCACUCAAGUACAAUUUUUAAAUUGUUUAGAAAUGAUUAUCAUCAAUCAGGAGACUAAGUAUUCACCAGAAAGGGACAGCUUUGUGCAGUCAAUUGUAACAACUGAAAGGCCUAACAUUUUUUAUCAUAAACAACAUCAAUAUUAGUCCUAACAAGAGAAUUCACCUUUUUUUUAUUAUAAAUUAUUUUUCAACUUCUUUAGGAACAGCAAGUUUUAUUGAAAGAGAACCACCAAUUGUUAUAGGGGCAACAGCAAAGCCAGUUCCUUCUCUUCUUGAAAUUAUGGAUCAGCAGCAGAGAGAAAUAUCUACAAACGAAGGCCUAGAUGUGCCUCCUAUUGGAUAUGAAAGGUUACUUAAUGAGAAGAGCACACAAAGAAAAGGAACACCAGUUCUCCCCUCUCCGCAGCUCAAUCCUUCACGGGUUAGGAAGGUCGGCACACCUGGUCCUUUUGAAAAGUCAAUUAACCACGCCCAGCAGAUAACUGGUACAAUUACGCCAAAAACUAGUAGGACUGACUGUUCUCUUCAAGAAGUUAACAAGGCAGCAGAGGAUAUCAUUAACUCUUUGUCAGAAGAGGGUAAAUUUGUUUCCCUUGAGGAGGUAAAAGCCAGACUCUGCAAGGAAUUUGGAAAGUCGAAUUUCAGAGCAUUUGGAUUUAGAAAAGACAAUGCUAUUCCUGCCCUUCAUGAACUUAUCCAAUUGCAAGCUAAAGUGAGUAACUGCUCAAAUUCGUUCCCAGGGUUCUAGUAGUAGGAGAGCGAGAGACCCAUGGAAAUGAGGUUAACAACUGCAUGCUAGAGGGGUGCACGUUAUAAACAGUUACGCAUUUGGGAAAAACACCUAUUCAUGAAAGAUUGUGCCCAUACCUGGGAACACAGUGGUUGAUUUGAGAAGUAGUGAUAGAUUAAGCAAUGCAUGUUGUGGAAAAUUUAACCCUGCAUAAGUUACUCGCCUUAAAGCCAACUACAGUUAGACAAGGUCUUAUUUCCAUAAGUGGUAAAUAUCAGUAGCUUGAAAUAGUUGACUAACAAACCUGAGGCCGACUGUAACUUUGAUAGCCAAAUACUCAGUUAACUUGAACUUCCUUUUUUUAACUAAGGUAAGCUUGUUUGUUCAUGCCUACGUGAUGACAAACAGUAUCUGCACACUUCACGAACUGAACCAGAGCCUUGCAGACUUAGGAUCCAAGUCAGACUUUGAUGAACUAAAGUUGGGUCCCCUGUUACAGCAGCCUGUGGUGUAUGACAUGUUCAAGCCUCCAUCAGAUCUUCCAUCUCUGCCUAACAUAACAACCAUUCAGAUCCUAAAACAUUUGGAGAAGUACAUGACUCAAGAGGAUUUGUGGCACAAGAAAGUGGAUUUGAAGCUUUUUCUUGAUUAUCUAUGUGAACAGUAUGACUGUGAUACUCCAUAUGAACUCGGGGUCCGAAUACAGAGUGUUGGAUUGGCAAUUUCGGUAUGUUAAGUCCGUAAUUAUUUUAUCAAACCAACUCAAAACAUAGUGCUUAAUUUAUUUAAUAUCACAUAUCAAAACCAAGAAGCAAGUCGAAAAUGCCACGCGUAAUGGAGUAUUUCUUUACCUCUUAUAGCUUUUUGUUUUUAGAAAAGGAACUUUUCCAUAGAAAACUUUCGGGUUACAGUUUUUUCUUAAUUGAUCAAGCCAUAGCGCGUAAAUAAAAAUGUUUAUAUGUACUCACAUACUAAGCGUUCUGUAGGCAAGUAGUCGUUACUUGUUAGAGAAUUCAACAAGAAAAAUUAAAAGUAACGUUAUUCGACGUUUCCGAUGUAUCCAAACACUUAAACACUUAAUGUUUUUUCAGUCUUGAUAAUGAUGUUGGAUACAUCGAAACGUCGAAUAACGUUACUUUUAAUUUUCCUAUUUGUAAUACAUGUUAAAAUUGCUACAUAGUGGUUUUGCCUCUUUUGCUGAUAGGUGAUAAAAAAGGCCAAAAAAUGUGAGAGCGAAAGAUGGAAGACUAUCAGAGAAGAGGUCUUGGUGGAAAUGGAUAAGGAGAUCAAGAGAAACAUGCAAAAAAUCCAAAAGGAUCUUUUAGGACAGAAACUUGGUGAUCUGAGGAGCUGUGUGAUGAAAUUUCUUGAUGUGUCUCCUGUUGACGCCCUUAACGAGAUAUUUCAAUGCUCCAUGCAACUAUUUUCAAUCAAACAUCAGAAAAAAAUUUCAGAAUUCUUAACCAUCAUCACAAAAGAUUCCUUGGGAAGGCAGUUAUUUCAGCUGGCUCUUGCUAUGAGCUGCAAGCGUCUCCUUGGUGAUACUUUUGAACAACUAGUGGCGAAUGAAGUACAGAAACAAGUCGCCAGCGCUGUGGUUGAAUGCCUCAAUGAACCACCCACCCCUCCCAGUGAAGGUUUGUUGAAUUGAACCUUGAUUAUUAUGAAGCAAAGAACUCAUAGCACCCAAAAACUGGCAAAACUUUGAAUGUUAUAGGUGAAGAAUUAUUGUUUUGCCUCGUUACGUAUAAGAAGCGCACUUCUUGUAGAUUUUAGAUUGUUAAGUUGUAGUUGAAGCUAACCUACUGAAUCUAAACAGUUGCGAUAUAAUUUAAAUAGGCUCUAUUUGGUGAUGUUUUAGUAAAGUCUAAUCUCAGUAUUAUUUCUGUAAUGGUCCAGAUAAGAAGGUAAAAGCCAAAACGCAAUGAGCACUUCGGAAUGCAAAAAGGUGCUAACUUUACUCACUGUCUCUACAAUGGUUCUGAUUGGUUUAAACAUCAAAUUUUACGAAAUCUUCGCAAAAGCAGCAUGUUUAUUAAUCCCUUUUUUCUUACUCAACUUCUUUCUAACAAAAUCUCGUCUAAGUCUAAGUAGCACAGAAAGCCUGUGUGCGGAACAUGUAAAUUGCAAACUUUUCUUGGCUGUUGUUUCCAACUCCGAGUGUGAUUGGUUGAAAUCUUUUAACACAAGAAACACCCACAAAAGUGGAGUUUAAAUACAUUUUAUUUUGUAAACUGCCUUUUGGUAGGUUUAUGCAUGCUCUGCGUAAAAAUGAAAACAUUUCUGUGUGAGGAAAGCGUGUUGCGCCACAACAAAAGAAAUUGCUUCCCUUCUCACCCGAAUAGGAUUUUAGGACUGAUAUGAAGGUUUGGUAUCUGUUGUAUUGAAUGUGAAAUUUUUCUUGUCAUAGCUGAGUUUAUCUUUUUACCUAGUCAUUAAUCCAUUUCUUUGCCCUCUUUUUCACUGUAAUGAAACAAUGCACUCAAUUGUUCUUUUUUACUCUACGUAAAGUGUAAUUUGAUUUGCUGUAUGCUUACUUCCACUCUUCUUUAUGAGCCAUAGUCAAUUUUAAAGAUACAUUCCAGGGCCGUAGCUAGGGGGGCAUUAUCGCGAGUGCCGAAGGGACGAACCUUGUUGGGGGUUCUAGGGGUAUCCUCCCUCAGAAAAUUUUCAAAUUUGGAGGCUCGGAAACGCUAUUUUCGGCACUUGUCAUGAGAUGUCACCGAAAAAUCGACCUCGAAUAUGAAAAUGGCAAACAAUUGAGAGUCACUAUAAUGAAAAUAACUUUGGUCGAAGAAAAAAGUUUCAUAGAACCUCAGAAAUUCAUCCACAGACUUGAUCUCCAACUGUCUGGCUCAAGUGUUCAACAGGUCAAUGGGGAACCAACUGUCCCUUGAAACACGUGAGAUGGGGGAUCUUACUAGCUUUAAACUCGCCAUAUCUUAGGAUAUAACUUUGUAUUAUGUUUUUAUCUUAUUUCUUAACACUCAUUUCGCUGUUAUAUUGUAUUGUAAAUCAAUAUAAAAUUGAUGAUACCAUGUCUGAAAACCAGUCGACUUUUAACGACUUGAUUUGUGUGGCUCAAUUACCCCUUUCCCCGCUGUUUCACUAAAUGAAUUGAUGAGAACGCUCUUAAUUACCUCUUUCUGUUUCAAUAAAUCAUUGUAGAUCAGAAGUCAAUUUUUAGUUAAUUUUUUCGUUACCUUUCAUUUUCUUUAUCUCCCUGCCUCCUAGAUUACUUCGCUACCUGCCACGCCAGGUCAAUGUACCUCAAACUAUACCUAUCCAAUUGGCUAAGUAAGCCAAAAAGAAUGUUUCUUUGUGUUGGACAUUUGUGGGACCCUGUUCGAAAUAGAGAUGUCUAACUGAAGGGCUGAAAAUGAUGUUCAUUUUUAUUUAUUUAUUUUUUUUUGAAAAAGGCAAAGUCGUUGAAGAAGUAAAACAGUGGCUGGCUAAAGCUGAUCACUUGGACCUUACGAGACUGGCACGUAUUGAAGGAAAUGUUGUCAGCAAAUUUCCAGAAUUUAACAGCUUCGAGGAGCUUGGUUAUGGUUCUUUUCUGAAAUUCUUAUCAUCACAUAAGGAGCUUCAAGAGGCCACUGAGCAAGUUAGCGGGUUUGGUCGAUCGGAAAGAAAAGGAACAAUGUUUGGCCAUCCAGUGUCGCUUCACAGUGUUUUAGAUUUUGUAUCUCAGUUUGGAACACAAACUUCACAUGUAAGUUGUUACUUUCGAGAGAUAACCUAGUAAGAUUUUGACUAAGUAAUAUGUGCAAUAUUAUUAAAGAUGCAUAGAGGGAUGGAAAAAGGUUGUGAAUGGGUGAUAUAGUGCUCUGUGUUGAUCAGAUUUGCGCGAGGCAGCGGGGUGAACAGAAAUCAUUGUAUGGCGUCAUUAAACUGUCUUAACUGAAAAUCUUAUAUUGUAAUGUUAUGGUUACGUUGUACAUGAAUUACUUCUCGUGGGAUUUUCAAACAUCCCAACAUGAAUUUAAAACAAUUCUCAUGCAAAGUUUGAAGGGAGAGGGAGUAAUGGAACGUAUCAUGGGGCAAUAAAGUGGCGAGUGCUCGGAUUUUUUUUCGUUUUAUCCAAUCAAAACUGGAAAGUCUUAAAAGACUUAGACAGGAUAAGUAAAAUACCCAAUAACAAGGAUUAGCACUGUUGGUUAAGGCGUGGCCUUCUGUACGGGUGGCUUCUUUUCGUGUAGCUUCAAGUAGCUUUAAUGAGCGCACCGUCGACGUAUGGUCUAUCAGAGGACUGUUGCGAGUUACCGACAUAUAAAAAAUUUGGAGCAGCACUUUUUUUUUUACCUUUUGCCUUUAACCUCAACGUGUCAAAAAUAGCUCCUCUAUCAAUUUUUAGCGCUGAGUAGCAUAAUUUGUGAUCUGGGCAGUUUUUCUUUUAUGUUUUUAUUUUCUUGAUUUUUUUUAGGAGAUCAUCGAAAGGAGUCUUUGCACAUACUACGGCAUCAACAAAGUAACAGAACUUGAGUUUGGAUCCUUCUCAAACAUUCUGAAAAAAGCUAAAGAUCGAAAGAAGGAUUUGCUGCGAUCAGCCACUCCAUUAGUGGUAUAUGAAGUACCCUAUAUAUGUCAAGACUCUGGUGCUAGCGCUGGUACAGAGGAACAUAACAGCAGUGUUCUUGGUUAUAUGAGCAGAGAAGACGCAAUAGCUGCAAUUAGAAGCACUCCGCUGUUGGAAGAUGUGGCGCUGUGGACUCACUGGGACGAAGUAUAUGGCGGUGAUGUGUCCAAACUUGGCGACUUAAAGUCAUUUUUGGAAAAUGAAGAAAUCCUUAUAAACGCUGGCAAGUCAUCCACGAGUCUCGUCCAUGGGUCGGCUCUUGCUGUGAUGGAAAGUUCACCAGGAGUACUGUUACGUGUAACUACCAAGACAUCUACUGACAUCUUCAGAGACUGCGCAUGUCAUGGUGAUCCAGUUGGAGCCGCUGGUCAUCUGGUUUCUAUGGUGAUGAUGAAUGGUGGUGUUGCUAACACUCCUGUUGCGCUCUUGUCAAAUCACGUGCAAUAUGCACUAGCAGCAAUGGCGUUCCAUGAUCGCUGCUGCAAUUUUGUUCUCCAGUGUUUAGUGCGCAUGCCUCGCAGACUAGCACAGGCUGUUGGAAUGAAGGUGAGGCAAUGUACAUUUAGUAUUUAUUACUAACUUUAACAACAUAAUAUUAUUUAAGUAAGUGGAUAAAGAAAGCAGGGGUAAUUAAAAAGCGUGUCUUAACAUUUUCCUUAUUGGGAUCUAAAAAAUAUUUACAAGACAUCGUGUUGUUUCUUUAUUCAUUUUAGUUCUAGCUGGAACAAAAAGCCGCCGCAUCAAUUCUCUCCUUCUGAACAUUACACCGUAAUCCUUAUCACAACCCAGUAGUUAAACAUAUUUCUUCCGAGCCAAGGAAGUGCGUCGGUGGCCUCUCUAACUCUUCAAAGCUUCUCGAUCUUGAUCUGCCUUGUCACUUAAUUUUUAAGUCACCUGGCUUUUUUGUUCUAUUUUUUUUUUCAGGUCUUUUAUGAGCCCCUGAAUAAGUUAGUUGGCUCAACCGAGGCUCCUUUGCUUCUUCUUUCGAACUGUUCGACCCAGAUUCAGCGCAGCCGACUUCAUCAACUGGGAUUUGCUUUGGGCAUAAGUCAAUGGAUUGAAAAUUUUCAUGAACAGGUCUCUGGGGAAGACGUUGGUUUCAGCCAAGUUCAAGAACAAAAGAGGCCGAUUGCUGUGGUGAAACCUGUACCAUCGUCUACUGAACAGACCAAACAGCUACAACCACCUGUAGCAGAGGUUAGUUAGAAGAUAAAAAAGGUGUCCAACAGAUCCUCAUUUAAUGAUUCCUCUGACGUUCACUGCCUUUACAACCCGUACUAUUUGUAUCGCCUCAGUGUUGCAAGCGACUAAUUUGGAAACAAGUACAAAGCGGUACGGUUAGAAAAAUAUAGCCUGGAGUCAAAAUCCAAAUUGCCCAGAAUUUCAAUUUCGGCUUAAAAAUACGAUUCUUUGUCGUCCAAGUGAAAGGGAGUUUAUGAUAAAGUACAGGACUGAACUACUGUUUUUGUUCUUACAACAUCACAGGAUUCUCUACCUGCUCUGGAAAAUGUUAACGAUUUAACAGUUCACUCCGAACAAGCAAGCAUUGAAGUUGAUGAUGAAGAAGAUGGUGUGUAGAUGUAUUGUCUUUCUUUUUUAUGUCUCUCUGUGCAACUGUUCUUUGCCUCCGUAGCUAAAGUAAGGGUCACUCGAACCUCCCCGUGUAACAACUACCUGUCGAGAACGACCACCUUUACAGCACAUCAAAAUAUUACAGUUAAGGACUGGAACCUCUCGUAAGCAACCACAUCUACUCUCUUGACAUGUGAUGUACGUUUACUGUAUGUAUAACACAACUCAGAGUAUGCCAGGCACGUUUAAGGGUAACAGUAUACUGCUCGCAUUGUAACUAAGAAAAAAGAUGAAAAUGAUCUAACGGGGGUUCGAUUGUUUAAUCUAUGCGUGAACACUUUACGUAAACGGAAAACACAGAGUCCGUCAGGAGGGUCUAUCCACGAUGGAGUUAGAAGUUGUUUAUAUUGUGCUGCGCAGUAAUGUUCUUGAGUUCACAUGACUUUAUACCCAAUGUUCUAAGGUCUUUUACGAGUAUAGAUUAAGAAUUCCGCAAGUUACUCAAUAUCUAAACUCAAAAUACUUUGAUUUUUCUAGCUGUAACUGUGAACGUUGACACGAGUCUGGAACAGUCACUAUCUGUUGCACUUGGCACUGAAAAUGAAGACGAGUGCAAGGAAGUAAUCGAGCAGAUUCGCCGAGAAGAGUUUGGAAUUGGUCUUGAACUUGGAGAAGAGGAAUCCAAACUUGUCCAGCGAAUAAGGGAGCGAGAAGGGCGUGGUUUACAUCGUCUCUCAACAGAGCUUUACUCAAGGGAUACACACUUUGUUCUGGAACUUGUACAAAAUGCAGAUGAUAAUUCCUAUCCUGAAAACAUCUCUGAUACGGGGUACCCGUCUCUUGUAUUUGUUCUCGAGCGAGAUAAGAUCGUGGUCCUAAACAACGAAGUUGGAUUCAUGGAGAACAAUAUUCGAGCGUUGUGUGAUGUUGGAAGAAGUACAAAAGGGGCUCAUCGCUAUGGAUACAUAGGUGUGCUGUUUUUUUAUUUAAAGGAAAAAUACCAAAGCUUAAGUUUAUCCUUAAAAUAAAUAGUUGUAAAGAGAAGUUUUUUUUUUUGAUAUGUUCAAUAACCCACAGUUUGUAAAACUUACAGCUCUUCUCGUGUCUCAAACGCGGUAAGAUGCCUCUAAUUUUUUUUGUUAAACUAAACGCAAUUUAACGAAGCAAAACCUCAAUGUUUCUCUGUAGGGCAAAAAGGCAUCGGAUUUAAAUCAGUAUUUCGAGUCAGUGAUUGUCCAGAGAUCCAUUCCAAUGGUUUUCACAUUCGUUUUAACGCCAAGAGUGGUUCUAUUGGAUACAUACUUCCGCAAUGGAUUGAACAGGAAUGCCAAGAAAAGCAGACGUGUGAUGACAGAGAUGAAAAUACACCGGACAGCAAACUCCAUGAAGAUACUGACGCUGCAAGAGCUGAGUAUGCCAGGUACAGUCAUUUUAAUCUCCUCUUUCGUUAAAGACGCAUUUAUCUCGUUUACCUCGUUUUUUCUUUUCUUUUUUUUUUUUCGGAAAUCAGAUGGUCUACUUGCAUUGUCCUUCCAUUGAAAGAGCAGCAUCAAGGGAUAGAAAAGACUUCAUUAGCUGCUCGGUUCCGUGAUGUCCAUCCAUCACUACUGCUUUUUCUCCAUCGUUUGAGAUCAAUUAGCAUACGAGACAAGGUAAUAACAAUAUUGGCAGUAGACCGUAAGCAAGGUAUUAACAAUAUUGGUGGUAUACCGCAAGGGGCCAGCCGUGAGUAAUAACUUGAUAAUAAUACAAAUUUCAAAAAGUAUUGACAUGAACAUAACAAGAAUCAUUUUCAACGUUCAAUUUCCCUUUUUUUUUUUACAGGUAAACAACAUUUGCCGUGAUAUGAUUAGGAAAGAUUUAAGUGAUAACAUUAUGGAAAUAUCUCACAGUCGUGGUACAGACCGCUGGUUAGUUAUAAAGAAACAGCUGGAUGCAUCACAUGUAAGAAGCUCGCAAACCUUGCUGGGUUAUUUGCUCCUUUAGUUCCUUAUCAAUUUGUCCGGCUGUAUUGCGAUGUUUGUCCAUACGGUCCAUUGCUUUCGUGGUGCGAAUGAAAGAAUCCUUCAUUGCUAGUCGUUCAUGACCUGUUUUAUUUUGUUUUCAGAUGAAAGAAGACGUUGAGAUGACGGAGCUGGCUCUGGGUUUUCCGCUUUUCGAUGAGCAAAACUUAAGUUCAGGAAGAAGACACCAGGUAUAUUUAAUCCCAUUCUUGAUACUGAUCAGCCUUGACAAGGCUGGUGGUGACAGUGAUUUCCUAACAUUUUUCCAAGCUAUUCAAAAAUCAUAGUUUUUAAGUAAUCAGUUUAUCAUGAGUUGACUUAAAUCUUCAUUCAGCUAACACCUGUUAAUAUUGCAGUUCCUUUGAAAGCAGUGGUCAGCUCUAUUUCAAACUUGCGCGAUCUUUUAAGACGUAUAAGACAUUAACAGUAUCAUCUUGUCCAUACCUCACAUACUUUUUCUCGUUAUAAACAACUUCUAGACAUAAGUUUUAUUUUUGCAGUCGACGUGCCUGUUUAGCAUAUAUAAGAAUUUUAGGCUAUUUAUCUGUCACAUCUCGUGUCAUUUUGCAGAAGUUGCCGCAGCAACACGUGUUUGCUUAUCUCCCGCUCCGAAGCUAUGGGUUUCGGUUCAUAAUUCAAGGUGACUUUGAAGUGCCUUCAUCCAGGGAAGACGUUGACAAAGAUAAAUCAUGGAACCAAUGGCUAAGAGAGGAGAUUCCUCAACUCUUUGUUGACGCUUUAUCCAUUUUUAUGGUAGGUACUCAAAAUUAUCUUUUUCUUCUAAUGGAAUAUCGGCUUGUUUCCUUUUUUUUGUUGAAUCUGCCUUUAAGAUACUUCGCGUCCUUGCGCCAUCCCCUCCUUUGGGUCACUGACCUUCGUUUUAUUUCGAUUAUCGCAGCCAAGACUUGUUUACGUCAAUCUACGAGCAACCGUUUGCUUAUGAAUAGGGCCCAAAACUGAGAUCCGCAUUUUGUACAAUGGAGCAGUUGUUUUCAAACUACACAUGCCCAUCCCCUCCCCUAACCUUACAUGCAAGGUUCAACCCGUGUCUUUUCCAGACAUUCAACAUUGUAUCGGGUGGAAGGGUGGGACCGCAAAGCAUUUGAUAAAUAAUAGCACUGCUUUAGGAAGGUAUUCUAAAACAAAUGGCAUGAAUGUCCCAGGGUCUUUUUGUCCAGGAUUGUCUUAACUUUUGGUCGUGCUCGUUUUGUAUUUUUCUACGCUCUCUUAGCAUCGUGGACACAAGCAGUUAAACUUACGAGAUUUCGACCACCUUUAAAACAGCGUCAUAAGUUACUUGCACAGCCAUUCCCAAAAAUAGCUAGUACGGACCAAGUCCCCUAUGAGCAAGAGCAGAGUAAGAAACCAGACUAUAAACCAACAAUCUGAGAAAAAUGGACGUUAUCAUGUCUAGUUUCAAGAUAAAGCUUUUGAAAGCACUGACAACUACAAAUACUCACCCUCCCCCCCCCCAAAAAAAACAAUUUUGAAGUCCGGCUGGAUCAUUUCUGAUCCCGACUAAACAACUUUGAUAAGGGUGGGGCGAGGGGAGGGGACAUAGCGGUACCAUACCCGCGGGAUAGGCGUUCAGUGGAUAAGAAAGUGCAAAAUUCUCAAUUUUUGAAGGGUCUUUAACAAGUCAAGCUGGUGGUUAUGCUUGCUGUUAUGCUUGUUAAGACCUUGUCAGAGUCGGAGAAGCCUCAUGGAAUGAAAACUUUCUUAACUUCUCCAAAGAGAAAAGACUCGGAGAAAGGCAAAGAAACAUUUCGGGAGUUUCACUGCAGCAGUUCUUGAGUUGAAAAUGAAAGCUCAACUACCGGAUAAAACCCAAAAAGCGCGCACUGUGAGGCAAUCGUAAUCCUUAAAUUAAGCUAUCAGGUACCUUUAAAAGCGUCGAAGAAAUAUAACAUAAACAUCCUGAACGUAAUGCUUGGACUCUGUAAUCCGUUUUGUUUGCUUGAUAAACUUCUAUUGACCGUCCUGUGCGCGCGGCAUUCUUAAGACGUACCUAUUCCGUGUGAGAUGGCGAGCGUAUCCAGUGCAGUGCCUUGUCUCCGCGCGACGUGCAAGAGGUCUAUGCAAGGAAAAGCAGAUUAAAAUAUCCAUGGUACUUUUCGAACAUCUGCGGAACGAAGUUCCGCCGGUGUGCCCUUUGUUGUUUAGGAAUGGGCCUGUUUCGGGCCCACAGAAGUAUAUUGGCAAAGUCAAUAAAAUAAAACAAAACAAAAAUAAGCAUAAAACAAUGCAAAGCCAGGAUCGAUUUUAUUUUUCUGUUUCAGGAGCACUCAUCCUUUUCAAGACUGUCAUGCGCGGCUACGUACUUCCAAUUUAUCCCUCUUGAAGAAGAAAUCUUAGGUUUCUUCACACCUGUCGCUAAGCAGAUAUUAACUCUUCUUCAAGGCAAGUCUUGCGUUCCAGCCACAUUGGUCAGUCCAGAAGCGGAACAACCACAGAAUGUACAGAAUAGCUACGAGUGGGUCCUUCCUUGCGAGGCAAUUUUUUGUGAUGACCCUAUAGUACAACAAGCUGUCAGUGCCUCUAAACUCAAGGAACACUUGGGACUACGAUACCUUCAUCCAGGUAUAUCAGCAGCCCUUAAUCCAACCCUAAGAUCACGACUUGGAAUUGAGACGUUAUCAAGCAAGCACUUGAUUGAAGUCGGCAAGGAGGAGGUGAAAAAACGUUCCCUCGACAGCGACUUGACCAUAUCCGAUGGCGGCGAACGCAAAAUCGAUGUUGGAAAGAUAGCUUGGGUGGCUCAGUGGUUACAGUGUAUGUACAGAAGUCUUGAUCAGGAGCGAAACAGCAGUCAAGACAUGUUGGAUAUGAUUAGUUCUCUCACUGUUAUCCCCUUAACAGAUGGAACUUUCGUUGAUCUUAAGGGAGAUUGUGUUUUUCUGCCGUUGUCAAUGAAGCUCGCAGGAGAAGCAGCCUCUAAGAAAAAGAAAAGUUCUAGUAAGUAGAGAAAACUUGUCAUUUGUGUUUGUUAAGUAUUGUUCAAUUACUCUUCUAGGUUCAUUGGGUAUCCAACCUAGUGUCCACGUUAUCAGCCACGUUUGUCUUGUAUGCUCUUGUGUUUGAUACAGAAAAUUAGGUAGACUUCCUGGGUUUUAGAACUAGGAACACCGUUGAACGUUUUUAAUAAAUGGGGAAGUUUUAUAGGUUGAGUGUGGGGCCCUAUAAGCCUUACUAACAAACGGAGAAAAGACCUACUGCGGAUAUAAUCCUUUGUAUCGCUUCUUGUUCGUUAAUACUCAUGACGAACAAGUUACAUUGCUCAGAAUAUAAGAUUUAACUAUUACAUUGCUUUCGUUUUAGGUGCAAAAUCUAAUGAACAGACUUACUUUAGUGUUCUUGAGAGAGAUCUGUCCACUGUGCAUCCAGCUUUGUUUUCUUCACUUGAUGAUAUUGGUCGCAGUCAGGUGGAACAAUUGUUACGCCGCCUGGGUGUCAAGAGUUUGAGUGCAAGAGAUCUCAUCAACAGUCACAUACUACCGACUUUAAAGUCUGACAAGUGGAAGGUGCGUGAACUAAUUUAGUUUGUUAAUCACUACGUUCUCUUUCUUCAGUAAAAUCUAUUACUACAAUUUUUUUUUCAGCAACAUAAGAGAGAAGAGAUUUUUGUUUAAAAACAAAAGUUAAAUUGUGCAUAGUAGAACGCGCCUUAAGGGACUUCCAACUUAAUUGGCGUAACAGUUGAUGGUGACUAAGAGUGCUAUCCUUCUGAAAAAUUCUUGCAGCCCUCGUUUUAAUUUGUUCUAAAGAAUUAUAUCUAGAAGGAGCUAAGGUGUUCCAAAGAAAAUCGCAAUAAUCUAACUUGGGAAGUAUCAUGGUUCUAAAGACUCUUUCCACUGCAUAGACCGUCAAGUUAUUACUCCUUUUCUCAGUUUCGAUUGUUUUAGAGCUGAUCAUGGUGGCAAAAUAUCUCUUCCCGUAACUUAGUUUCGCGAAGACAGUAAGUGGUUCUUCUGACAGUGAAAAUAAAUCUUUAUUUUGCUCCGGAGACAGUAACACUGAUCCAAACAGAAAAAUGCUUAACUGUCUUGCUGUGGAAACCACAAAAACAAACGGGGCUUUCUGUACAACGUAUUUUAAAAAGAUAAUAGUUAAGCGCACAAGUGACAAAACGUGGAAAAUUGCAUUAAAUCUAUCAAUAGCAAAAUCAUAAGUAGCGUUAUAACUAGGCACAUUGUAAAAGGAAGAUAAAGCUUGUUUAAAAGAACCAAUGGAUUCAUCAGGAAAUGCUCCGGUCGUAAAAACCUUUGUUAUGCCGUCAGCACAAAUUUUAGAUGCGUGUGUUGUGAGACUUCGAUAAUUUUUGUGUCACUGUAAAGUAAAUUCGGGUGAAGUGGCUUCAUUCGUGUUACUGAGAAGGUCAUACAAUCAGUCUUCGUGGGGUUGAUAGUAACAAGCCAUUUCCGAGCCCAGUCUUUGAUCUCAGAAGUAUCAUUAUUAAGUUUUAGCGAAGAAGUGACUGCGUCAUCUACAAUGUCAAAAAGAGAGGUUUUGUUACCUAUACCAUUGCUUCAGUUCGACGGACCACUCGAAUGAGGGUCUUUGUUGAAUGUUGACACUGCUUCUGAGUUUGAAAAUGUUAAUUUCCCGAUUCAAUCUAGUAAACACGACCUUUUAAAUUAUUUUAGAAAAGGCACUUAAUAUUGAAACAGGAUGAUAAUUUGAUUUCAUUUAACGGUCCUCCUUUUUGAAUAUUGGAGUAACAUUAGCUUGUUCGACAAAAAUUUUAAUCGAGAAAUGUUUUGUUAAUGUUGACAGAAUAUAAUCAAAAUCAGCAGGAACAAAAGGUGAGCGGUCGUCUAGACGGCUCUGGCUACAAAAGAACUCAUUCAGUAAUUCUGUUUUGUCCUUUGCAUCGCAAAUCAUGUUUGAGCCCUCAACUAGAGUAGGUACUGUAGCAUGUGAGAUAACAAUGCCCCACCACCAUUAAGAACUUUUAGCCGCGUUAUAAUUUUUGAUCCUUCCACCUCCCCUUCGGCGAUGCGGCGUAUCCCCCUGUCCGUUGUCUGCCUUACGACCCUCUGCCUUUUCAAAAUCUAGCUUCCCAUAACUUAGUUUCGCGAAGACAGUAAGUGGUUGUUCUGAAAGUGAAAAUGGUGUACUAUCCGAUUAUCAAUCCCGCUCUGUAAUGUUAUAACAGCAAAUCCGCCAUGGUAGUCAUCUAAUGUUUUGAACUUUGGUGCUUUGCAGACGAAGUCGAAGGAAGUCUUGAGAAGCUAUCUUGUUUACAUCCUUGAGCAGCGUUUGAGUGAUCCCUCAGUGUGUGACAUCAAUGAACUGAGAUCAUGUGUACAGAUUUUGACCAACAAGGGCCCUGUUAACCCAACCAAUAAUUCCAUUUACUUUACAAAAAAGUUUGGAAACACCAUUGAUCUUGCUCGUCAGCUUUCCAGUAAGAAUUUUUUUCUAUUUCCCUUUUUGAUCAGUCAUUUCGAUUUCUUUAAUCUUUUGUCUUUCUUACCUUGUUUACCAAUUUUUCGCAUGGAAUUAUGGAAUUGUUGUUGCAUCACCAUUACUUCUUCUCUAUCUAGUUGAAUUUCAUUUUCUCUUAAAUGUGAAAAACGGUGGUAAAGAAAUUUUCACUUUUUCUUUUGAAACGUCGCUUUGUGGCCGUAGAAAUGUGUAUGUACGUUAAUUCACUUAUUCGUUACAUGCAUUGUAUUCUUUCUUUAAGGUAUUUCCUGGAUUCUUAUCGACGAAUCAUACUUGGACUCAUGUACAGGAUCUAAAGCUCGUAUCGUCGACUGGAAAGCUUUCCUCUCUGAGCUUGGAGUUCAACAUUGUCUUGCCAUUAAAAGGAAGCAAGUGAAACUUCACAGAAACAACAUGGUGAGAUUCCUGUUACACCCGGUUAAAACUAAGGAGAGAUAUUACGUGGAUAUCUUUUGUCUCAUCUUUAAAGAGCGACGGUCAGGAAAAAUCGAGCAAAAUCUUAAUUUCUAUUAGGUAGAUAAGAAACCUGAUGUAGAUUGUUCCUGCCAAAAGCGUUUUAUUUUUUGAAAAAGUUAGAAGAUCGGGUUUUGGUGUCUGAGUCUCCAAAUUGCUCAAUUUUUAACCUGAAAUUCGCUAACAUCAAAUUUCUUCGCGUUCGCAAACAAAGCCACAUGGAGAAAUUUCGAAACUGUCAAUGAUCAGAACGAUUGUUUUUCUUUCACUAGAAGAUACUUACAGGGCAAUUGCGAGGCUCGUCAUACUGAAAUAAUUCGAAAAUGAGGGAUAGGUUUUAAUGAUAACAAUAACUUAUUUUGUUACUCGUUUUCGACGGCAAUAUGUAACAAGUGGUACAUCUUCAAACUCUCUUCGUGCUAUUUUCAAAUCACUUAUUUAGACAUUCAUCUAAAAAAUACCCGGGAAUUGGUUUGGGUUGUUGAAGGAAAUCUCUGUAAGACGCCGUUAAAUCGCCAAGUCAACUUGAAAGUAUUUGACCAUCAUAACAACUCGUACAUUUCUUUAGAAUGCAACAAUCUUGUCAAAUAUCUAGGUGUGCUUAUUAGCCUCGCUUGCGUAAGCAGCGAGAUUCGUAAUCUGCAAUGCGUUUUUCUUCGUAUUUAGGACACAAAAGGGGAGUCAUUGUGCUAGGCGUUCCUAGCGGAGACAGUGCAAACUGGAACUAAGAAUCGUUGGGUGACUGAAGCCACGCAUGUUUUGCGAAGAACGCUUAGGAAAUAUUAAAUAUAGAGCUUUUCGGAAGCGUGUCAGUCCACGAAUUCUAUCGCUUGAAAGCGUUGAUUAUUUUGGAACAAGUGAACACUACUGAGUGGUCGAAGAAAAAUAUAUAUAAAAUCUUAAUUAGCAAAACUGCGAUGGUCGGGUGUUGUAAAUUUUCACUGUAUGCAAAAGGCUCUUGUGAUGAGCAUGCGGCUUAUUGUCGGCGAUGAUUGAAAUGACGUGCCACGUAAAUCACUUUUUUGAUCCGUGACAAUGAUAUAAUUUCUCUGGAGUCGAGGCCGUUGAAUUUUCGUGUAGUUAUACACGCGUAUAGCCUGCGACCGCAGACGUAUUUCCGGUCGUCGCUAACACGCGUACUAAAUCAAUUCAGAAACAAAUAAAAAGUGUCGACGUCGAUAAAGUAGGAAGUAAGGAACCGUCAGCGAGUAAAUGCUGUAGAAUUAAUCGCCUCCUCGCUUCUCGAUCUAAUCUCCAAGUAAGCGAAAUUGAGGCCCGUUGUCAGUGAAAAUCUUUCGUGGAAAUACCAUAUCGCCCACAUCGCUUCAAAUUAUUAUAUUACACUUUGUACCCCUGAAUACUUUACACCACAUAUACAUAUCUCAUCUCUUAUCCAGCCCUACUUAUUGUAUGGCAUAGUCACUGGGGACAAAGCUGCUAAAAACUGUACAAAAACAAAAUUCUUAUACUUCUAAAACACGCCCUCCGCCUCAAGUUCUUCGGUGACUACAAUUCUCAUGCAGUACCUUAUUUUGUCUCCUCUAGCUUUCUUCCUUUAGAUCCACUCUACUGACUUUGCUACUUUUUCUACUGAUUAUUCUAAUGCAGAUAUAUCUAACAGCUUAACACCUACUAACAUAAUAUAAUAACAAUAAUAAUAUACAAUAUUUAUAGAGCGCUAAUUCCCAAUGGUCCAAAAGCGCUAAUACCUAAGUUAUUUGCUUCCAAACCUAAUAUUCAUUCAUAUAAUACAGGAUCAUCUUCAAGAGAUGAUUAUGAUGUUAAACACUCAAGAUUACACAAACAAAGUCUUUUUCAAGAUAUGGUGUAAAAAUCUGAAAUAGUCUACCAUGUGAAAUACGUCAAAUGUCCAAAAAUAAUUUACUCCGAAUAAUUUCAGAAAAAAAUGAUUAUAUUGAUUUACCCGACCAAGAGCCAUAAUAGGAUUAUGAUCUCUUGACCCGACUCAAUAACAAAAAUUUCCCGAAAACUCGGCUUCCUAUAUUUGCAAUAUACAUGUACAUGAUGGUUAACUUAAAUGACUUAGUAACAAAAAUUUCCUGAAAACUCGGCUUCCUCUAUUUGCAAUAUACAUGAUUGUAAACUUAAUUGAAUAGAAUUUAUUUUUAUUUAGUUAACAUUUUUUACCCUUUUCUCUAGUCUUGCUUGUGAGCUAUUUGUAUAUAAAUAAAGUAGUGUAACCACUGCUCGCCUCGACUAGCUAAUCUGCUAACUACGGGCAGUGGAUAUUGCUUGCUGUAAAAUUUGCAAUAAUUAAUAAACAGUUGAAAGUAAGGCCAAUUUGAGCCUCCUACCACGGAAAACGGAUAUUCUUACUUUUCUCGAAAAUAAAAGGCUUUUGGGGAGAAAAAUUUACAUCAGAUUACUUAUCUACCUAAAAGCUAUAUUUGGACGAAAAACGUGAAAGAAAUCGAUUUUUUCAACUCCUGCCACUCGAUGUACGUUCGAUAUUUCCUGACCGUCGGACUUAAUCACAAAAAAGGAAUAGUAUAUGUAUUAUUACCCCAUGCCAUAGAGAUUACAGCCACCAAAAUACGUCUAACAGCUCGUGUGUAUUCAGACUUAAAAGGAUAAGUCACGCAUAGAAUAUUUCAAGGUAUGCCAUCCGAUCGCAUUGCUUGACUUGUAUGGCCGGGUAGGGUUAAUUUAAUCGUGGAGCACUUCAAUAUCCUUAAGACAUAGAGACUAAGGCUUGUUACUUGAUUUCGUAUAUAAUAUGUAAUUUUGGAAACCACUUUCAAAGCUAUCUGAAAUCGACUCACUUCAGUGAUAACUGGUAAGUAAUUUUGCAAAAUGCUUGACUACGGUUUUUAUUGUAAAGUAGGAGUCAAGGAAAUCAAAUUUCACUUCAUAGUUUUCAUUAGUAGGAGAUCUUUGUCACCCUUUUCCACCUUUUUAGGCACAAACUCCCUGGGCGUUCAACGAAGCAGUUUGGCAAACAACUCCAGACGGUUGUUACGUCGUCGAGGACUGCGCUUGCGAAGAAUUUGACGAAUUUCUGAGCAAGAUUACUGAACCGACUGCUGACCGUCAAAGCAUCGGUUGUCAAUCCACUAUUCUGGCGCAGUGGAUCGACGAACGCUGGGAUAGCGAGUAUUCACAGUACGCAGAUGCCUUGGUACGCGUCAAAGAUAGCAAUGACCAUGUUCUCGGAGAAACUCGUUCAUCCUUCUAUUUAAAUCUUGUUUUGAAACCAUGGAUGUCAGCCAGCGAUGGGCAAACAAUUUACAUACCGAGAGACCUUUUCAUCUGGAAUGAAGCGGUUGGCAGGCUACUGGAGGAUCACGUGAAGUAUUCAGCGGCUGAUUUAAAAAACAGUAGAUUUGUUAAGACCUUGCAAAUUCAUGAAUCAGUUACUGUGGAUGGUAUGAUAAGCGAGAUGAAGAAGUGGUCUACUGCUUCAAGCGUAACUAACAAAGAAUCCCCAACAAAAGAGUUUACCACAUCACUGGCACACAUGAGUGAAGUCUACUCUUUCUUGUACGACAAAAUGGUGCAAAACGAGGAACAAAGAAAGAAAGUGUGCGAUGCAUUUCUUAAAAAUGCAUUGGUGUUUGUCCCGUUUCGGUCGUCGUCGACAUCAUGCAUGAAACCUCAACUAAAGCAUAAGAUAUCUGGCUCGUUUUACGUUUUGAAGGAUGUCUGCUGGCGAGACCCGACUGAGGUAGCUUUAAAGCUACUCAGGGACCACGGCAAAGUAACAACAAAGCAUCUGCUGGAGGGAUUUUACCACAGUUUGUCCAAGGCGUCUGGCCAGCAAAGUCUUGCAACUUUCUUCGUCGAUCAACUCAAAGUGGACGAAACACCCAAUGUGGAUGAGUACCUUGAAAUGGCAUCAACUGUUGCUGAACUUGCUGUUUUGCCCUCUCCGUUGCCAUUGAAUGACAUGUUGAAAGUAUUUGCCAUUUUAGGUAGGAAAUGUAUUGCACGCGGCCACAGAGAUAGCGUACCUAUAGAAAGCGAAGUUGACGUAAAUAUGGCGUCGUUUAUCAGACAGUCCUUGGAUACCAGUCUCAAAUGCAUUUUUCCUUCUUCGGGGAAAUGGGUUUCACUUUCAGAUAAGCCUCUUCUACUCGACAACAAGUCUCUCGGCAAAAUUUUUCAGAAGGAAAGUGGCGUUCACUUCAUCGACGUCGGCGAUUUUUUUCAAGAUCUAAGGAAGCGUUCCACCGUGGAAAAUCGUAAGUUUGUGAACGAAAAAGAAGAAAUGAAGCACAAUGUUUCCCUGUUUUUGAAAGCUUGUGACAUACAGCGGUUAAGUGAAUGCGUAAAGAGAGAUUUUACCCCCACAUUAGUAAAGUACCAAUGUGUGCCUCUACAGAAGUAUUUUCAUCAGAUGAUACCAGCGGUGCAACGUUUUCUGUAUUUCAAAAAACAACCAGUGUAUGAAGAACUGAAAAAUGAGAAAUUUGCAGAAAAACUGCAACAAAUGCAGUUUGCUUCGGUGGAAAAAUUGGAAACAGUUUAUUCACUUAGUACUCACCCCGAUAUUCAUAUUGUAAUUGAAGAGAAGUCUGGCGUCGAACCUGUGGGUUCCAGCUUCUGUUUUUAUGUAGCAGAAGAGCACCAGGAAAAUUAUGAUGUCUUGCAUGGUGAAAUGGUGAAACUGCUACGAGUGAAGAGGCAGGACUCCUCGGACCUCAGCAACUUCCUGGUUGCUGUGAAGAAUUACAGUGGUGGCGACUUUGAGUUCUUUUUAGAAGAAGUCCAAGGCUUAGACCCUUUACCCGAUGAAGAAGAACCUUGGUGUGUGCCCCCUCCUCAAGUACUGGAAGAAGUUGUACAAGAAGCUUCGAAAGACGUAGUUCCGAGUCUUAACGCAAAUAUUUCAUUUCCAAACCGAGUUGGCGAUGAUGGUCUUCAUUCCUGGCCUCCAAAGUCCUCCGCACAAUUUGACAAGACCUUAAAGCGUGAAGCAGAAUUGAAUGGCGACAAUACUCUUAAGAUGUGGCCACCCCCAGCGCCUCCUGAUUCUGUGAAGAAAUCUUUGGAGGAGAAAGUCCAAAUCCAAGGACGACCAAUUCAGCCUUUAGUCGAUACGGAAAGACCAAACGAUCGAGAAGGCACGAGAGAACCAGAUGACAGGACGGAGGUCAUGCCUCGGCGAAACAGUAAGAGUCUAAACAUGGAAGCAACAAACAGGGAAGAGAAUUAUCAAACUUCCUCACCGAAUGAUCCAAAUCCUGUGAAAGUUAAUGAUGUUACUUUAGAAAGAGUUGCAAACGAUUCGCUUUGUGAUGAAAAAACGGAAAGUGUGCAGGAUGUGUUACCUUUGGGAGCACAAUCUCUACCAAAUCCUGAACGGAUCUGUACCCUGCCAGUCCCCGCAUGUGAUGCAAGGCAAACCUCACCCCCUCGCGCUUAUCUCAGUUUCAACGAAGAGGCAUCAGAAGUAGACUACGAUGAUCUCUCCUUUAAUGAUGGUGAUCUUAAAGUCUUGAAUGGUAUACAACUUGGUGAGAACCCAAACAGCGAAGAAGUCGGUCGAUGGGGAGAACGAUGUGUUUAUGAGUUUCUUCUCAACCAAGUCCUUCCUUCAGCUGAAAAUGUGGAUAUUAUUUGGUUGAACGAGGAAGCUAACACUACUGCACCUUACGAUUUUGAGAUUCGACGACAUAUUACUGGAGUAAACCAAGAGGCCGAAUCCAAGACCGUUAUCACCUAUAUCGAGGUCAAGACGACGUCCUCUGAUCAGAAGGAAUUUUUUGAAAUUUCUGUUCCAGAGUUGCGGUUUGCGUUGGAGAAAAAAGAAGCGCUUCACUUGUAUCGCGUUUUUAACGCUGGAAAACCAAGAUGCUUGCGAAUCCGUCGCCUAAAAAAUCUUGCCUCUCAUCUGGAAAAGAAAAAUGUUAAACUGUUCAUGGCAAUCUGA